AUGGACCCGCGCCGCUCCUACAUGGAGCUCGUGGCGCUGGACAAGCAGCUGCGGGACCUGCUGCGCGCCAACCCUCUCAACGCCCAAGACGCCAAUGCGCUGCGCCGCCGGCUCGUGGACGCGGCCACGCGCCUGGCGGACGCGCACCCGGCCUUCGCAGCGUCCAAGGAGGUGGAGCAGGCGCUGUGGAAGCCCUGCUUCUACCGCCGCAUCGAGGACUUCCGCCGCCGCAUCCGCAAGUACGCGGCGGCGGCGCAGGCGGAUCGCAACGUACGCGAGCACUUUGCGCGCGUGUCCAGCGAGUUCCAGCAGUUCCUGACCGAGGCCGCGGGCUUCUACGCGCAUCUGAGGGACGUCUUCGCGCUCUUGUACCGCUGCUACGUGUUUCUAGGAGACCUGGCGCGCUACCGGGAGCUGCAUAGCCAGAAGGCCAAGAAGAACUUUGCGGCGGCCGAGGCGCUGUACCACCGCGCGCUGGCGGUUCUGCCCGAGAACGGCAACCCGCACAACCAGUUGGCGGUGCUGGCCACGUAUGUGGAGGCCGAGACCGUGGCCGUGUACCGCUACUGCCGCAGUUUGCUGACAUCGCAGCCGUUCACGACCGCGGAGGAGAAUCUGGCGCUGCUGUUUGAGCGCAGUCGCCAACGCCCGCUGGCUGCGCCGAUCACGUUCACGUCGCCGUCCCCAUCGUCGAAGGAAAAGUCGGCGUUCUUGAAGAGCUAUUUGCACCGGCUCACGCGGAUGAAUGGUAUCUUGUUCGCGCUCUCGUCGCCACGUGGGUCUCCCACGGCUUCUUCGGGAAGGAGCAGCAACAGUGAAGCAGUGACGCCAGUGUACCCGCGGGACAUGGAGGCGGUGCUUUUUAAGGACAUGCGGACGCUGCUGAAUGCAGGUGUGGUGGGCGAUGCAUUGUUGCUGAAGGUGGUGGUGACAAACAUCUUCUGCAUCAUUCGGGCCUCCGACUCCCGUUCGCAAUCCGCCCCCCUUGAGGAUGCACUUCGUCUCUCGAUUCGUACGACUACCAGCGUGAUGGAGUUUCUUUUGGACAGCUUGGACGCCAAGCCAAAGGCAGGUGCCAAUGGCAAACCGACAAAAGACGUGACAUUGUCGGCGCUCCGCCUUGCAGGCCCCGUGGUUGUCUUUUGUGAUUACUUGGAACUGCACCCGGAUAUGAUCGAGCAGCUGGAGCAGCUUUUGGUGCAUCGCCAGAAGAAACUCUACAGUGACGUGGCCACGAACAACCAAGGAGCCGGCGCGGAUCAAUUUGCCUCGGCUUUCCUCGAAACGCUGGCUAAGCUUGUCAACCACGCGCGCGUUCGCGAGUUGUACGCGCCUCUGGUGCCGUCUGCCGUCCGUGAUCAGCAACACUUGCUCAAAGAAAGUUUCGAGCUUCGAGGCUUUGCACCCCUCGAGCAGAACAGCGCUACGCCUAAGUGGCCAGAUGAGUGGGCGUUGCAGACGUCGUCGACUGGAGCUAACAGCGCAUCGCCAGUGACUCCGUUGGCAGAUGCCGAGUCAGCAAAAAUCCGUGCGUGGAAGUUGUAUCACUUUGCUCGCUACUUGUGCGAUGGGUACGAGGGAGACCCGUUGCUCUUCUGCGGCGCGUCUGGGAAGUUUACGACUUCUCCUGUGGUUGGUGAAGCUGGCCCUCAGCAGGACAAUGGCACGUCAGAAGCAUUUGCCUCGUUAAAUCUCGGCUUUCUCUCGGCCAGCAGCUCGAAGCCGCAGCAACAAAGCCAACCACAGGGUGGUGGUGUUAACGACUACCGUUCUGGAACCGGCGUGGAUGACGAUGACGAUUUUGACGACGAGGUGAUCGUGUUCCAGCCGUCACCAGCGCUUACUGGAAUGUCAGGUAACCAUCCCGUGAAGCAGCAUGGCGGGUUUAUGACUUCUCCGUUGGAUACACUUUCCAAUGGCGGUGCCUUUAGCCUUCGAGCACCGAGUCUAAUUUCGUCUGCAGAGGACCACGGACGUAUGAGCGUCAGCAGCCAGAGCAACGCGUUUGGUGGUGCUCACAGCGGGUCAUUCGGAUCGUCUCUUGGCUACCCAAGCUUCAACACCUUCAACGACGCGGGCAGCCUAUCAGGUAAUCCGUUGCUGUCCGGAUGGGGAAACAGCACUAACAACAACACUAACGGCGGCAUGCUAGGAGGCAGCUUGAGCUUGGGUAUGGGCAUGGGAUUUGGCGGCAACACUGGUCUCGACGCUGGAUUUAUGAUGCCUGCUACCACUGCAGCUGGAGGUGCUGCGGGAGCUCCAACCCUUGGAGGCUUCGCAAACCGUGUUGGCGACAGUCAACCCUUCGCUCCCAUGGCCGAUUUGGCUGCCGUUGAGCGCGAGUCGGCUCUGUACCAGCAGCGGACGUCAAGCUUGAGCGCCUUCCUGGGCGCAUCGGCACCUGCCAGCCAGACGCAGGAUCCAUCUCCUCCUCGCAGUAUACCGAGCCGCCCGCCGCCAGGUUUUGCAGCCGCAUCAAUGGGCGGCCAGCAGCAGCAGACACCGACCUCGUUCUUCAACCCGUAG